AACAAUAAAAAAGGCCGUAGAAUUUCAGACAACACAAAAAGCUCCGAGUCUCUCUCUCUCUCUCUGUGUCUCGCCGAAGGCAGAGAAAGCUUGGCUAUGGUGGUGGAGAUGGCUCUCAAGUCUUCAGUAUCUGCAAGAUUGUCUAUUCCUUCUUCUUCUUCUUCUUCUACUACAACUACUUCUUCGCAUUCUUCCUUAUGCAAGAACAGAGUGAAGCAUAUCUCUGUCUCUCUCCCGACAUCGACCUCCAUCUCUCUCUUGUCUCUCUUCUCCUCUCCUCCCAAUGAAGCUAAGGCUGUUUCCAUUGCCAAGGACCAGAUUGUCUCCUCUCUCACUGAAGUGGAGAAGACAAUCGAUCAAGUUCAAGAAGCAGGUUCGAGUUUCCUGGACUUAACACAGCGAGUUCUCCAAGUUGUCGGAGAAGCACUUAAACCAGCCAUAGAAACCGCAUUGCCCAUCGCAAAGCAAGCCGGGGAGGAGGCUCUGAAGCUCGCUUCUCCAGCCAUCUCCGAGGCCUCUAAGAAAGCCCAGGAAGUAAUUCAGAGCUCCGGCAUUGACGCUCAGCCUGUCCUUACCGCCGCAAAGACAGUGACAGAUGUGGCACAGCAGACAACAAAGGUGAUAGAAGAUGCUAAGCCCAUCGCCUCGACAACUAUCGAGACAAUCUCUUCGGCCGAUCCAAACUCCAUUGUCGUUGCUGUUGGAGCAGCUUUUCUCGCUUACCUCUUAGUCCCUCCCGUCUGGUCGGUUCUCUCUUUUAACCUUCGCGGUUACAAAGGUGAUCUCACCCCGGCUCAAACGCUGGAUUUUCUAUGCACCAAGAACUAUUUCCUGGUGGAUAUAAGAUCUGAAAAGGACAAGGACAAGGCUGGGAUCCCUCGUCUCCCUUCGAGCGCCAAGAACAGAAUGAUUGCCAUUCCAACCGAAGAACUACCGAACAAGGUGAGAGGGAUUGUGAGGAACUCGAAAAGGGUGGAAGCAGAGAUAGCAGCUCUCAAGAUUUCAUACCUCAAGAGAGUCAACAAAGGCUCCAACCUCAUCAUCAUGGACUCGUACUCGGAUUCGGCGAAAGUAGUAGCAAGAACGCUAAAGAAUCUAGGGUUCAACAACUGCUGGAUAGUGAUGGAUGGGUUCUCGGGGAGCAAGGGAUGGCUGCAGAGCAGGUUGGGUACGGAUUCUUACAACUUCUCCUUCGCACAGGUCCUGUCUCCUUCUCGGAUCAUCCGUUCUGGCUCCACGGCCUUCGGCACUAAAACCGGAACCAGGUUUCUUCCUGGCUCCGACUGAACAUCACUCAGGAGAAGAAGAUGCAGUUUCACGUAGUUUCCCCCUCCCACUUUUUUCAUAUUUUUCAUUUUUUUACCCAUUACAUACAUAAUGUACACUAUUCAUAUUAUUGCUUCGGUCGGGAAAAACUUGUCUUCAGCAUCCAGGCCCAGGCCUAGGCCCAUUUAAAGUUGGUCUUCGUUGCUCCAUCAAGCCCACAUAAAUAAACAAGCCUGUUCUGGACUA